GCAUUUUGCAAUAAGAAAGAAAAUCUGGCAGCAGCAGGAUGGAUACCCUUUCGUUGUUGGGACUCUGUCUUUUUUAUCUUUCACAGGCCGCAAGUGGACACCAUUCAUCUGACUCUUUGCUGGUGGUCGCCUUAGAAGGAGAUAGUGUGACUUUGCCAUGUGGUAUACCUUCUAUCAAAUCCUGCUCCUCUAUUAACUGGGACAUGCGUGCAGAGUUUGGAUCAACUGAUAAGGUGAUACAGAAAGGAAAAGUGACAGCGGCAAACGGCCACAGGUAUCACCUGCUGAAGGACUGCUCUCUGCAGAUUACUCACCUGGUGCUCAAUGAUGCUCGACUUUACACUUGUAAAAGUGAAACGCUCAGUUUAAAUGUUUCACUUUGGAUUCUUUGCAUUACUGAGAAAGCACAUCCUGCAAAUGCCACAAAGCUGGAACUUCAUUGCUACCUCAGUACAUACAUAGGAGCUCUCCCCUGUCCCAACCACAAUGGGCUGCGUAUCGAGUGGAGCACGGAGGAUGAUACACCAAUAAAUGGAAGUAGAUUUGCAAUUGAAAAUCCACAUGAUUGCUUCUCUAAACUGAUCAUUGAUAAAAAAUUGACAGACCACCAUAGAACAUGGAAAUGUCAGCUAACUCAGAAUGACUCUGUUAAAGCCACCCUCAGAUAUGUAACAACAGUAAAAGAUGGUUUAGAGGAAGUGUUUGCUGCUGUGGGUGAGUCAGUGUCACUGGCUUGUGGCAACACUUCCUCUCUUGGUGUGAAGUGGUCUUUGUGUGAAAAGCAAGUGAGAGAUGAUACCUUACCUGAUGACAGCCAAAUAAAGGCAUCUCAUGUGAAUAAAGACUUCUCGCUGGUUAUUAGCAAAGUGAGUGUUCUGCAUGCUGGAGACUACCAGUGUUCACAGUCCACUGGUGAACAACAUGCGCUCAAUAGAAUCAGGCUGCAUACCCUUGAUGUAACUGCAGAGUCUGCAGGGGCAGGAGGAGAGAAUCGCACCUUGAUCUGUGCGCUUACCUGCACUAAAGAAUGUGAAAAAGACUUUGAAUUAACUUGGUCAGGAAAUGCCCAUAAAUUCUGGCAGAGUAAACUGAUGAAUAUCAAUAAUACCCUAAUAAAGAAGCUAUUUCUCCCAGAGUCAUCAAAGAGAUCAUACGAAGACAUAACCUGCUCUGUGCGCAGAGAGGGUGCUCUGAUGGCAUCAAAGAAGUGGUACACCACUGACCCUCUGCAAACACCUGCGUGGGUAGGCCUCCCUCUAGUCAUCCCGAUAGUGGCGGGAGGAAUCUGCAUACACACGAAGAGGAAACGCAACAAGGAUGGAGUUAAUGAUCAGCCAAGCACUGAAAUGACCCAUGUGUACGAGGUUGUUCAAGAUGUGCACAAUGAGGAACAACAACAGCGGCUACAAUUAAAAAGAGAAGCAGCCACUGCAGCUGACAGUUUUUAUGAUUUAUUACAGGCUGUGAACUAGAGUGAAACAGCAGGGUGUUCUUUGUCUUUAUUUCUGCCUUUAAUUAUCAAAAAAACAUAGCUUACAAAACAUGUUUUGAAAGGGGAUAUUUUUGUGCAAGAAAAAGAAAUACACUGCAAAUUAAACAUAUAUGAUUACAUUGUA